CAUCAGGGUUUUAGCCAUGAAAUACCUAUGAAAAACGCGCGUAGAGAAUUCAGUCAGCGUUUUGCCAACUUACGCUCCUGAAUAUCCUGAAUAUGGAAAUUCGGGUGCUUAGCACUUUGGUGUUGGUGCUCAAUUUCCUUGCAAUUUGCGCCUUACCAGGUCGCAAAUCGCGUUCCCAUCAAGCACGAAACCAACAGCCCCAAACUUGCCAGCUGCAAUGCCCAGGACUAGCCCCAAUCGGUUUGCCCCCAUAUUUCCUGCAAAACUCCACAUCGACAGCCCCCAAGCCGCAAAAACCCGGUCAGUCGCACCCUUUAGCAACUACCCCUUCGGGGUCCGCAGAAGACAACACUGAUGCAACCGAUGAAAGUACGGAAACAAGUUUCCAAAAUGGGACUAGGAAAAACAGCCCACAUCACAAGCUGAGAAAUGCGCAUGUUUCAAAGAAAGUCCAUGAAGCACGCAAAAAGCCUCAUUCCAGCCGGCUUCGAACGAGGCACACAUUCAGGAAAGAAACCAGAAUUUUGAAGCGGGCAGUGACGGCAAGACUUCUUAGGCAGCAUAAACAUUUAAAGGAAAAAGCGGUGCUAGAUGGAUGCCAUGUGGUUUGUACAGACGAUGCAGACAGUCCAAGCAGCGCAGAAAAUCCCCCAGUCGAUCAAGAUUCAGAAGAACCAGAUUCAGAUGACAACUAUGUGGAAGGAGAAGACACUCCAAUUGAAAUCAUCUACGUUCCAUCGAUGGCGCCGGAAACUAAAGAACCGUCCGAAGUGUAUCAGAUCAACAAUUACGAAAUAGUUGAGCCAGUUCCCUUUUUCGGAUACGGACCUGUAUUAAUGGAAGGAAAACAUAAAACCUCCUAUAAAAGGAAGCAGCACAAAGGUUCAAUUUCGAGAAACAUUAGCCCUAAACAUCCCUAAAGGACAAUCAAGUAUCGAUUCUUUACAUUUGGUACUCACAUUCAGAGCGCCGAGCUUAGCGAUCCUUCAGCCUAGGUGUAGGACCAAAUGAAUACAAUAAGAACUUCCUCUGCGAUAUGUUUAUUUGUUAGCAAUAAAAAACUCCAUUUUUUUUAUAA